UCUAUAGAAAGCUAUUGCGACGUUAGCAUACAACCUUGUGCCGCGGCAGGAACUCGAUAUUUAGCCAAGCAGCAACAGUAGUAGUACAUUGUAGUAGAGGCAACAAAUUCACUUGAACUUGCGUGCGUUUUUACGUAAAUAACGAGUGGUCACGUGACAGUGAAAAUUUUCUAAGUGUUUUUGGCGCCAAAUUUUUGAAGGCGUUGAUUAUACUGGAUUUUUAAAAAUAAAAUAAUUAUAUAAAGACUUGAAGUGAUUGUGCAAGACUACUGGAAAUAAUUUUAUAAAUAUAUAAAACAUUUCGAAUUGAAAAUAUCGGAGUUUAAUGAAAAAAACAUGCUUUAAUCUUUAAAAACAUUAUAUGGUGGCGUAAAAGACUAACUUGAUAAUAUAAGAGAAAAUAAGCGAAGUAUUAAAAAAUACAGACAUUUGGAAAAAAAAUUAAGAAAUUUUAGGAAAGAUUUUAAAUAAUUAAAAAGUUUCAAAAUUCAUUAACUAAAAAUUAAAAAAGAAAACUACAUAAAAAAAAUUCAUACAAGACACUUUAUUAAACCAAAAUAUUUAUGAAAACGUCAAGUGUUGAUAUAUAAGAAAAUAUACACCAACAAAAUUUAAAAAAAAAAAACAAUAAAUAAUUUAGAAUAUAUUGAAAAACUAAUUUAAAAAAUUGAGAACUAACUUUUAUUAAAAAUAGUAAACUAAUUUGCAAUAUGAACAAAAAAUAUUAAAAAAUAAACAGAUUCGAAGCUAUAGUGCAAGAAUAUUGCAUGGAAGAUAAAGGUAUAAAUGACUGGAUUUGAAACAAAAAAAAAAAAAUAUAUACAAAAAUUAUAACAAAUUCAAACCUUUAAUAAUAAUUUUCAAACAGAAAAAUUAACCCAAUAACUUAUAAAAUAUUUAUUAAUUAAUAAUAAAAUAUUAUUUUAUAUAAAUAAAAAAAAAUAAUAAUAAUCUAAACAAUAAUAAAACCAACCAAAUUAGAACAAAUAAAUUUUUUCUCACUUUAAACAAAAAUUUUAAAUUAAGAUUGACAUAAAAAAUAUUUCGCUGGAAAUUGUAAAGACUGCAAAUUUAUUAAAAAGGGAAAUGAAAACUGAUUUACAAUAAGAAAUAACCACUACAUAAAAAAGGUGGGAAAAUUAAAAAAUAACAUUAAUAAAAUAUUUUAAAUUUAAAAAAAGUUAAUUAAAAAAAACCUAAAUAAAACUCGAACCAUGGCCAUCGCUUACUUUAUACCCGACCAAAUCAAGCUGCUGGCGGGCAGCAGCGCCAACAACGGUCACACCAACACGAAUAGCGGCGGCGGUGGCGGCGUCGCCAACACAAACCCAGCCGCAACUGCCUCGCCACAACCAGCAGCGGCAGCAACAGCGCACAGUGCGAGCGGCGGUCACCCGCAUAGCACACAUCAUCAUCACCACAACAGCAAUAACAACUUUCGCGCCAACAUCACCAUACCGCUGAGUGCCUACAGCGCCACCGCUGCACAAACGGACACCGGCUGUUGGGAUUUGUUAACACAAAUAUUUUGUCAUGCUUUGCGCUUUUGCCACCAAUCCGAACGGCAUCCGACGGUAAUACAAAUCUCAGUGGAAAUCAGUCAAGGCGAUGCGACGGGCGCCACAACGGUGCAAGUGGGCGCAGCGGCGCUGCCAGUGGAACAGCAGCACCAGCAACAACAACAGACAGUGUCACCGAAUCUGGUUGCGCAUACGACAGCGGUGCCACAAACUGCGGCAACACAAAAUGUGACGACUCGAAAUGUGCCUACACCCAGCGUGGCACGAUCAACGAUGUCAAGUGCUGAGGCAGUGACGCCUAUUGUAAGUAGCAGAAAUCUGGAGCCCGCCACGCAUAAGCCGGCGGCGGGCAGGCGUUAAGGCAACUGAGACAUUCAAGAAAGGAGGAGGAUAGAAAUGUGCUCGAAAGUUUUGAUUGAAAUUCAAAAAUGAAAUCGAACCUUUCUGCACAGCCUUGCAACCGCAACCAAGCAACGAAUGAAGCUCCUGUGGGAGCACUUUGUAAAAUACCAUCAUUAAGCUCAUUCAAAGCGCAUUGUGAUUCCGUGAAAGGUGACGCAUACUUUACAACAAAUCAUUUUUGGUUAAAAAAUUUUUUUUUGCUAAUUAGAAUUCAAAAUUCGGAAAAUUUAACGUAAAUACUCUUCAUUUUUUAAUUCAUUCAUAAUUCAUUAUUAAAAUAGUUUGUCUAUUUAGAACUUCAAGCUUGUAAAACUAGUUGUAAAAAUUCAUAAAAAAUGUCAUAUUAGAAUUUUUGAAAAAUUAAAUUUAAAAUUUUGAGAAAUAUGAGUUUAAAAAUUUCGAUCAUAAAUAAACUUGAAUGUGUGCGUCUAAAGGCGUACUUCUACAAAGAAAUUCGUGGAAAUAUAUUUUUUUAGCAAUUUUUUUAUAAUAAUUUGUUGUAAAGCACCGUCAGUUACUUUUUAGUGGAUACCAGAAAUAUUUUCUAAAAUGUAUUUUCCACAUUUUUUAAAUACUAUUAAAAUUUAUGAAACUCUAAAUUAAUAUUAAUUACAAUUUAAGCGAAAUGUGAGUAACUUGCAGUAAACUAGCGAAGGAAUUUUUUGAGUUGAAGUUUUAGAUUUAAAAAGGCAAAAAUAAAAAACGAAAAAUAUUUUUCAACAAAAAAAUAGUAAAAAAGCACGAAAAUGUCUAUCGGUUUCGGGUUGUAAAAGUCGUUUGACGCCAGUAAGCAACAGCAGUUCAAAUAUUUUUAAAAUUUCUAAUAAAACAGAAUUUAUUUUAUGCUCAGUUAUGCAAUUUUUUGGAGAGAAAAUACGA